UUACUAAUCAGGAACUUACAUUUGGGGCCAUUACUUUCAUCCAAGUUCCAUACCAGUACAGACCACUCUGCUACUUUCUCAGUUACAAGAGAAAUAUGGGGAAAGACUGAUGCUGAAAUUGAAGAGGAAAAAGGAAUCCCUGAACCACCAAGAGAGGUAACCCUCUAUAACAUUACAAGGGCAAUAAAUGGUCUGGGUUUUUCAUCUGGGAGUGCUUCUGAAGCAAAGUUUUUUUUUUGGAAAAGACAAUAACUUGAUAUGGUAAUGUUUCAUGGUCAGAACAACUUGUCUGAAAGCAAUUUACCGGUAAGUAAAAUUAAUUUACUGAAAAAAAAAAACAGAAAAUACUGUCUUUUCAUUUACUAAUGCUCUUCAAGAGAAUAUACAAGGCAACAGCUCUGCUUGAUAAAAUUCUGAAGUUUCAGUUGUUUAGGCUUUAGAUUGUUAUUGCUAUAAUUUUAUUAUAACAAAGCUUUACUGAGGAGAAGUUAUGUAAGAUUUCCUUCUUAAAGAUUGACUGUAGGUGUAUUGUAUGGCAGAUGUCACUAAUUCAUUAAGGCAAAUUACAAUUCUGUCUUCAGUUUUCUCAUGCUACUUGGAAAAAGUGAAAAUUUUCUUUUGAGUAUGGAGAUUUUGCCAAACUUCAAAUUUCCCAGCUGUUGUUUUCUGUUGUAGUUGUUAAAAUCCAGCUUUUCCCCUAGUCCCUGCACAGUAUAUUGUGGUUUUAAACUGCUUCCCUUAUGUUCUCCUUUUUUGCUCGCAAGGUUUUUUGCAAAGAGUUUUUACCACUAAUUAGGCAAACCUGUAAUCUCAAUUCACAAUACUUAUGUUGUUUUUUCCCUAGACCAUUCAUCACUGUGUAAGAGAACUAAGAUGCAGUCCUAUCAAGAUGAAUCUGGUUGCAGCACAGGUAGAAUAAUAUUAUUCAUCACUGCUGUGUAUACCAAUACCUUGGUGUGCCAUAAAAAUGAUGUUCUACAGGAUUCUUGUGUGCAAAAAUCCAUGAGAGCUAGUAUUUUUUAAAGAGGACUCUGGCAUAAUUAGGAGAUGACUGUCUGAGGAUAUACUGUACAUUUUCAAAGGCAUUGUAAAAAGUUCAUAAUUUCUCAUGAAUUGAUUACAAAAUGAUUCAAUUAAAAAAUCUGAUGGGAGUGCAGUGUACAGUAUGAUCACUCACAGGGGCUUUUCCCACAUGGAGUUUAUUGCUCUCUGCAGGUAAAAGCUGGGACAAGAUCUAAGUUUUUGAUUUCAAGGCUUUGGAUUCGCACCUUAUUGUGUUAGAGUUCGUAGGUAUACCACUAUAGAAGCCACUGUGCAAGGGGGUGGGGUGGGGGGGGAGUUUGUUCUGGUCACUUCUUAAGUAUUCUUAAUUUACAUGUUGUGUGGAUUAAUCUUAGCACAGAAAACUUCUUUUACCUCUAGAUCAGAGGACUCCCUGUCGAGGAAGCUAUCAAACAGAUGACAUUUUCCCCCAAACGACCAGCAAUGUUUAUCAAAAAGGUAAGUUUGGCAGCCAUAUCCAUCCCUAAUACAAUAAAUAUUAAGUCAAAGUUUCACCACUGAAUUCAAGGUUCCACAUCUAUUAUUUUUUUACAGUAAUGUUGUAGAGAACUUGUAAUUGUUGCUAUACACAGGGUUUCCAAAUUUUAUUGAUGAGUGGAGUCAGUGUGACUUCUGCUUCACAAAUUUUGGAGUCAUUUUGGAAUAUUUGGAGUCAAGUAUCUUAACGAAAAAGGCCAUUUUCAGACUUUCCAGCACGUACACGAAGUAGCUGUGGCGGUCCGCUGACCUGGAAAGCUCAAUUCCAUGAUGGCGGUCAUCAAGUAAACUGUCAUCGUAGUUUACCCUCUUCCUGUUUUGCCGUGCAGUAUCAUUCUUUAAUUUUGACGAUUUAAUUAAGGUUUACAACGUUUACAAUUAACGUAAAUUGUAUUUGUUGAGAAAAAGGUAAGGACAAAACUAUGUUUGUUAUGGAAAAUUUCUGGAGUCAAAGUGACUCCUUCCAUAACCUCAGUGGAGUCAUCUGAACAAUUUUGGCAUAUUUGCGAACCCUGUAUACAAUUCUUCUCUGAUUUAGGCAAUUGAAGAUGCCCAGGCUAUAGCUCAAGAGAAACAUGGAAUAGAAGACAAGACGCAUUUGUGGAUUGGUAAGUAUGUUAUACCUGUGGUAGCUUCAGAGUGAGUAUGAAACAAGAUGACUUUACUAGUCUUUAGUGCUUUAAUGUUUAGCUUUUGCAACAGUUGUCUCUAGAAAACUACAUGUAUUACAGCAGUGGCAUAGGUCGGCUGCCAGCUUGCUAUUUAAAAAUUAUUAUUCCUCAAGCCUGAAUGGCCUCUGAGUCAAUAGCCCAUGGGGCCGAAGACCGAAUGGGCUAUUGACUCAGAGGCCACGAGGGCGAGAGGAAUAGUUGUUUUAGUAAAAUCCAACUAGUUGGUCAAAAAUAUUGAGACAAAACAACUUUAGCUAGUUAAAGCUAGACUAAUCCUUCUUUGCCGCCAAAAAGCCGGCACUUUUCGCUACAAGUGGGCUAUAAUAUAUAGCCUAGUAGUAGCUCAACCAAUCAGAAUGCAGCAUUGUUAAUAGACCACUAGUUGGAUUUUACUAAUUACUAUUAUGCACUAAUGCCAGAUUAAUUUUUGACAUUUGAGCUGUCCAUAUCUGUGUAUAGCCAGGGUGGUUGUAAAUGGACUUAUAUUUCCUUCAACUAUAACAAUUUCAUAAGCAAUUAUGUACUUCAUCAGAUGUAGCAAUAAUGAACAGAUAAAUAAGAAACUAGAUAGAAAAAAUAAGCCUUCAAUCUUUCACAAAGGACUCAGUCAUGGAUUAUCUGUAUUAGCCUGUGUAUCGCCAAAAAGGGAAGGCUGUUCAACACCAGGAUUCUUUGUGGGCAAAGGCUGUUUACAUGUUCAGGCAUUUAAAAACUGAGUAUGGCAGAAGUGUAAGUGUGAACGGGGAACAGCCCAGUUGUGAACAGGGUCCAGUUGAGUUCAGUUUCUCAGUCCAGUGUCGGGUCCAGUAAGAACCCUUGAAAAUGAUUGAUCUUGCUGUUGCUGUAGGUUAAAGGGCUGCCCCCGGUUGUUCAAAUGUUGGAUUAGGGAAACCAAUUGCGUUAUUCCUUGAAUAGAUUUUUAUCCGUUUGACAGCACUAUCCAACCUUUGAACAACCAGGGCUGUGAUCGCUAAGUUUUGCCUUCCGAAGAUGUCAGCCUUUAAGCAAUAGUUGUUUCCGACCCAGAUGAUAAUCUCUCCAGAAUUGUGUGCUCCCUGUGUACCAGCCAUAGCACGUUUUCUGAUUUAGUGUGUUUCCUGUCUUGUUUCAGCUCCAUUCAAUGGAGAAAUGGCCUGUGAACCAGACCGGAAACACUAAUUUUUUUAAGACUCUAAUGCAAAAGUCAGCGUAUUGUACGAUACAAAUGUAAUCUCAUUUCCCAGCUGUUUUGCAUUUAUUUCUUGUAGCGGAAUCAUUUGUCGGCAAAGGAAGAUACAUAAAGAAAAUCCGCAUGCACGGGAGGGGAAGAUUUGGUAUCCAGGAAAAGAAAUUCUGCCACUAUUUCCUUGUACUGAAGGAGGGUACUGGUAAAGAGAAAAACAUCAAGAGAAGAUUAAAACACAUGAAUGAACUGGAGGAGAUUCAACGACAUCCAAGACACAUUGUAAACUCUUUAGCUUGGUGGUGA